AUGCUUUUAAAGAAAUUUAUUGAUUUAACUGAUGGAGUUAUCUCUCGAUUCACAUGCAUUGCUGAAAACUCUAGACUAGAUAUAAAUAUAACAAUUGGAAUUAUUUGCAGAUUAACAAUUUUUACGCUUAUAAUAUUGUUUAAGGAUAUAAAAUAAUAUUCUAUUGGGGAGGUCAUUGCUUGGAUAAUAGCGGGGCUAGUCUAGCAUCUAUAUAUAUUGUUGAUUGAAAAGAAAUAUAUGUUGCUAGGGUUAUGCACGACAUUGGAUAGGGAAAUUUAAUAUAAAAUUAUGGAUUCUCUGCAACUUUUAAUAGGAAUAAUAUUUUUAAUAUUAAAUUUAAGGUCAUACAUAGAAAUAAUAGCCUUGGUUUUAUUUUCAAUCAACUUUGUGUUGGACUUAUUUUUUAUCAUUGUUAAAAUUAAAAUAAAUCAAGGCUAUGCAAACGACUAUGUAAAAGAAGGAGGUGCUUAUUAAUUUUGUAUAGGAUUUUUAUUUGGGGCAGUAGCAAUAAUAAUUGUUGUUUUUUACUUUGUUCAAUAUUUAGAUAAAAAUAACCCUACUGACACUUAUGGUACUAUUUGGAAUUUAUCAGUUAUUGGUUAAUCAAUAGUGAUAGUAGUUUCAUUCUCAGCAUUUUGUAGUAAUAAAUCAGAAUUUAAGUGGAGUAAUGAUUGGGCAAAAGGCACCUUAUAACUUUUUAAUGGAAUUUAAGUAGGAGUUUUCAGUAUCAUUUAUGGGCUACUUCUUGGAACCAUUAUAAUGAUAUGGUUUUGGUGGGAUUUUCAUAACAAACGUAAAUGCUGUUAUUAAGAUAAAGACAAGAGAAGGUAGGAAAGUGAAUAAGUAGCAACAGUAUGA